GACUCUCAUUCGACCGUUGCAAACUCCAUCCCUCCGCCUUCUCUACCAAACUCCUCCUAUCACGUUCGUGCUUCUCGUCGCAUCGCAUUGGUUCUUAAGGCCACCAUGAUCUGUAUCGACAACUCCGACUGGAUGCGAAAUGGGGACUACACGCCUAGACGACUCCAGGCGCAAGCGGACGCCGUCAAUCUCAUAUGCGGUGCUAAGACUCAGGCGGUGCUUUAGAGAUUCUGAGUUGGCGCUAGCAUUGAGGAUCUCCAUGGAACAGGAACGAGCAAGACAAGAGACUGCUUCCAAAAAGGCUGAUGAGGAUGCCGCUAAACAGGAAAAAGGUGCUGAGCAGGCUUCAAGUUCCAAAGAUGCAACUAUCAGUGAAGUAGACAAGAAUUCAGCUAUUGCUACUGAUGAUAAAAGGCACAGUUUAACUGUAUGUUCUUUUCUACAACUAAAUUUAUGUUUUGUAAUUUGAUGUUUUGCAAUAUAAUUCAAAAAAACUAAUUUUUGUUUCCGGAGGCAAUCUUAUUUUUUUUUCAGUCAUAAAGGAUCUUAGGAUGUUCGUAGGAAUGACAUUCUUUCACUAAUAAAUUUCUAUUAUGAUAAUGAACAUUGCAAUUCUAACUAAAAUAAUAGAUGGUAAAAAGCUGAGGCCUAACAAGAGAUUACCUUUUUGUCACUUGCUAAUUUCCUUGUUAGAUUUUAAAACUUUAUUUGUCUUUCAUGAAAGGUUCUGUUUGCUUCUUAAUGUGUUAGUUUUUUUGGCAUAAAAUUAAACAAGUUAUGGUGCUACAUCGAGAAGAUGCUUCACCUUUGUUAUUUUCUCUAAAAUCUUUGAUAAAAGGGUAGUCUACUGCACGAAGGUUCCGCUAGUGUGAGGUCU